AUGGCCAACGCCGUUCGGCCUUCGCUGCUGCGGAGCUCGAAUGAACGGCAGACCAGGCUCAACUUCCUGCCCGUGUCGCGCGAUGACGCCCACCAACAAGCCCAGCGCAACCUCAACCACGCGCCCAUCGCGACAAGACGAGCCUCGAAAAGCGGCCCCCUGCUUGCGCGCGCCGACGACGAUGACGACGGCGCCGUCAAGCCCGUCAAGCCCGUCAAGCCCGUCACCCACACGCCUGCAAAACCUCCGCCGCCUGCGCGCACCAGCAGCAGGAAGCGGCCAGCCACUGCCCUCGAGCCCGACGCGACCGACACGAGACCGCCGACCAAGAUUACCGUUACACAACCACAUGGCGAGCUUCUGCGCAUCACCAAUGGCGUCGCCGCGCCCCUGGGCAUCGACGCCGACGACGUGCCCUCCGCGAGGUCCACGCCCCGGCCUGGCAGCUCCGGCAAGCUUGCUGCGCCCCCAGCUGUCCCCGCCCCGGCUUCCACAGCUUCCUCGACAACCACAGAUAAGAGGAGUCUGCGGAGCCACGAUGGAGGUUCCCGGCUGAAGAGCGAUCUCGCCGUCUACUUUGCCAACUACGACGACAUCAUUGCCGGCGUGCCCAAAGAGGAUGAAUUUCUCAAUGUCGACACGCCCAUAUACAUUGUCGACGAGCCGCUCAAGUCCAAGACACCAGAGCCCCCACGAAGCUCAGUGAGCCCGACGCGGUCGCGGAAAGCACGACACUCGUCCCCUCCGCGCCAUGCUUCGGAUCCGUCAAUACCGCCGGCCCAGUCGUCGACUACAUUCACAGUCCUCAAUUACGCCUCCAUAGCCAAUGCCAUCUCCCACAAUGACAGCGAAGACCCGCUUGCCGACUCGGUCUUCUUCACACAACACCGACGUGCCGAGCGCAAGGAGAAGCAGCUGCGGAAUAUCGAAAAGGAGCGCGCCAUGCACGAAAAGGUGCAACUAGAGAGGCUCCUCGACGGACUGCAGGGCCCGGACUGGCUAAAGGUCAUGGGCAUAACGGGCGUGACAGACGGCGAAAGAAAGGACUGGGAGGCGAAGCGCGACUACUUUGUCCGAGAAGUAGAAGCCCUCGUUGACAAGUUCCGCGUCUGGAAAGAAGAGGAGAAGCGCCUGCGUGCUGAAAAAGAAGCAGCCCUUGCCGCAAGGGAAGAAGACGAAGAAGAGGAUGGCGAGGAAACAGAAGACUCAGAUAACAUUGUAGUCCGCAGCCGCGAUCCUCCGCCUCCACGACAGCAACCCAAGGAGCCCGAGCCACCGAAACCACGGCGGCCGCCGCGUCCGCAUGGCUUCCUCCUCCCCUUCGUGCCGCCUGAACCCGCGGCACCGUUUAGCUCGUUCUACGCGAAACCACACCUCCGCGCUGCGGCCCUCGGCAAACAUAGACACGGGCGCAACGCAUCUGCCUUCGGCCAGCCCAUACCCGAGUUUGCAGAAAAGGAGUUUGAACUCCCAGAAGGUUUCAUAGACCCGCAGUUCCUGAAAGACAACGCGCGGCAGAGACGGAGACGGAAGAGGGAGAGUGGUGUGAAUACAGGGACGGGUGCAAGUGGAAAUUAG